UUUUAGAUUUGAUUAUAAAAGCAAUGGGAGGGAGUGAGUGACAUUGAUUGAUUCAUUCAUAUUUUGAUCUUGAAUUGAAUUCAUCAUCUCCAACUCCAUGGCUCCGGCGAUGAGGAUCGUUUUCGGCCUUCUCACAUUUGUCACCGUCGGAAUGAUUAUAGGCGCUCUCUCUCAAUUGGCUAUCAUACGAAGAUUGGAAGACUCUCAUGGCACUGAUUCUUUGCCAUUUAGUAGAUUGCGUGGACUCGACACUGAUCGUCACCUUCAACUGCCAAGAGGUAUUCCUUUUUGGAAUAAUGACAAGGAAGCAGAAGUCUUACGCCUUGGAUAUGUCAAACCUGAAGUGCUUAACUGGUCUCCACGAAUUAUUUUACUCCACAACUUCCUGAGCAUGGAGGAAUGCGAUUAUCUCAGGGCUAUUGCUCUCCCUCGCCUGCAUAUUUCAAAUGUUGUGGAUACAAAAACUGGAAAGGGAAUCAAGAGUGAUGUCAGGACUAGCUCUGGUAUGUUUUUGAAUCCUCAAGAGAGAAAAUAUCCUAUGGUACAAGCAAUUGAAAAAAGAAUUUCUGUCUAUUCCCAAAUACCAAUUGAAAAUGGAGAGCUUAUGCAAGUCCUGAGGUACGAGAAGAAUCAAUAUUACAAACCCCAUCAUGACUAUUUUUCUGAUACUUUCAACUUGAAGCGUGGUGGGCAGCGAAUAGCCACAAUGCUUAUGUAUUUAAGUGACAAUAUUGAAGGAGGAGAAACAUAUUUCCCAUUGUUGGACAUUUUGACCGUACUGAUGCUGCUGUUAGUGAUAUACAAUAUGAUUCAGGCUGGUUCAGGUGAAUGUAGCUGUGGUGGGAAACUUGUCAAAGGGCUAUCUGUGAAACCAAUUAAAGGAAAUGCAGUGCUUUUCUGGAGUAUGGGACUGGAUGGACAGUCAGAUCCGAAUAGUGUGCAUGGAGGAUGUGAGGUGAUGGGGAGAAGUGGUCAGCUACCAAGUGGAUGAGGCAGACGACUCACACUUGAUUUUUUAGCUGUCAACAUCUUGUGCUGUGACUCGAAAAAAAAUCACUAAUUGGAUUUCCGCCGCUAUAUUUGUACUUGAGAAAAAUAGUUUAGUUAUUGAUAGCAUAAACAUUUGAUAGGGUUAACCUUCGAUCCAUAAACUACAGCAUAAUCUGAUAUUAGAUCCUCCAGGUAUGGUUUUAUCUAUACCAAUGGUUGCGAAUGAUAUAGCCCUCUCAUUUAUUCAAGUAAAUCUCUAGACA